CCGAGAUGGUCGACCGUUCCAGCCAAGGGGGGAUGGUGUACCGCUACGCCAGGACGAACGAGAACGGACUCAAGAUUUACCGAGUGGAAGCGACCGUGAAGAUCAAGGACGAGAACAACAAGAUCCAGAUACUCACCAUCGGCAAGAGCAACGACAAGCCGACCAAGACAAUACUCCUGAUCGGCCAAACGGGAGCCGGGAAAUCGACGCUGCUGAAUGCCACGAUCAACCAUAUUCGACAAGUUAAAGCCGAUGACGAUUUCCGCUUCUACAUCCAGGAUGAAAUCGGCGACGCUGAGAAGUCGUCGACGGUGAGCCAGACGGAGUACGUGACGGGGUACCUGAUCUACCACCAGCCCGGAAUGCCGCACGAGUGUAACUUCCUUAUCAUCGAUACGCCCGGACUGGCGGACACGAGGGGGAAGGAAGAGCAGACCAGAAUCAAGAAGCAGAUGGAGAUGUUCCUUCGCGAGGUGAAGUUUGAGGUUGAUGAGCUUCACUGUCUGGGCUUCGUGAUCAAUGGAACCAUCAACAGGUCUCACGAUUACCUGCGGGGAAUCAUCCACGAUUUCGAAGAUUUAUUUGGAAAAGACACCACAGAUAUAACGAAGAUUCUCGCGACACAUGUUGACGAUGCGCCGCCAGUCAGCAAAGUCUUAAAGGAAAUGAACAUCAAGGCUGACAAAAUGUAUUCUUUCGACAACGGCGUCCUCUACAGCAACUGCCUCGAAGAAACGAGGAGGGCGCUCCUUAAUAAACUCAAGUGGGAGAACCUCGUCGGCGAAUACGAAGUAUUUUUUGAAGACCUGAUUAUUGCCAAGCCAGUGAGUCUGAAGCUGACCAGAGAAGUCAUAGCCGAGAAGAUGAAUCUGGAAAGGUCACUGAUGAUGCUCAAAAAACACAUAGACAACAGGGUUCACACUCUCCUGGAAAAUAAGAGCAAGAAGAAGCUCUACGAGAAGUACAACGACUGCAUGAGGAGGAACGAGGCCUUUGAGGGGGAAGAGACGAUAACUGUCAAAAGGAGAAGCAAGAUCGCCGGGAGAUUCACCCACGCCCACAACUGCCCCACGUGCGAUCAGACGUGCGUCUACCCCUGCACUGCGUUGAAAAGCGCCUUCUGCAUGUGUCCGAAAGCAAACCUCACUUGCGAAUUUUGCCCUUGUCGAAACGGAGAUCACAGGCACGAGUGUGAAACAAUAAACGAGACGCUCGAGACCAUCAGAGUCACUCACGCUACGAUGAAGGACAGGUACGAGCGGGCCAGGAUGGACAAGCAGAGCGUCGAGGAAAUGGUCAACAAGCUAGAAAAAGACAUUGCCAACCAGUCGACCCAAAUUGCCACGUACAUCAAGAAGACGGUCCAGCACAUCGAGAGGAUUAACGAGAUAACGAGGAAUCCAAACAUGAAGACCCCGCAGGAGUACAUACAUUGUAUUAUUAAAGAGAUCAAAGGCACGGCAGUUGCAGAUAUCAAGGAUCCGUCAGACAAAAUGUUCGUAAUCAACACGUUAGAUGCACUGCCGCAGCAAAUUAGUAAACUGGACUUACACGAGGACGACACUCAGAGUACGAGCCUGCGAAGUCGUUUCAAGGGAAUCGCCAUUCGAGCUAAGAGCUGCAUGGAGGAUGGCCUCAACGCCCUGACAGUGGCAUGAAGCGCAUAUUAACUAUUUUAUGCACACACACAUGAUGGAAACUCUUCGAACCUCGCUCCUAAGAGACGUUUCAGAAUCCAGACGGAGUGCCCAGUGAAAGAAUAUUUCUAUUUUCAUUUCUAUUUUUUUUGUGUGUGUGUGUAUGUAUAUAUAUGAAAGAUCGUA